AUGCAGCUGUAUCUUCUCAGCCAAGUCCCCGAGGAGGGCGGACAAGAAGGCUCCAUCGAGAUCGAUGGGUUGCGUUGGAAACUGACUGCCCACGACUUAGACACCCUUGACGCUGAAGACAUACGGUUCAUUUGCGUCUCGUACACUUGGGGCGAAAGGCGAUUAUCCAGCCCCUUCCACCCGUCGUACGAUAUUUCCGACCGCACCAUACCCGCCCUCAACGCCGUGGUUGGAUACCGCCCGUCCUGCACACGCAUCUGGAUCGACGCGUUCUGCGUGCCUGUUGGCGAUACCACGACGACGACACCCGAGAGGGCCCACACGCUGGAGAGCAUGGGGUACAUCUACUCGCGGGCGGAGGAGGUCGUCGUGGUGCUGUCGGCGGCCGCCCGCCCCGUGCUCGAGCAUAUGAGCACGUCCGACCGCCUCGUCGACCCGGUGCAUCUCGACGUCCUGGAGCGGGAGGAAUGGGUGUCGCGCGCGUGGACGUACCAGGAGGCCGCGAACAGCAAGGUCCUCUCCAUCACCUGCGAGGAGUCUCAGGGGUCCAUCCUCGUCCCCGGCAGUCAUUUCCUGAACUGUCUAGGCUACACGCUGACGCGCCUUGACGGCUCGAUCCCCGCGGGCGACAGGAGGCAGCGCUACCCGCGACUCGACGCAUUCGAGGACCUGAUCGCCGAGCACCUGCUGGCCGGGUACACGGAGCGCGCGGCGCUGCAGGUCAUGGCGAACAUGGACCGGCGCACACAGCACCGCCAGGAAGAUCAUUUCUACGCCAUGAUGGGCGCCAUCAGCACCGAGCGCCCCAGCUCCUUGUUGCCCCCUGUCCGACAGGAUCCCUGCGAGGCGUUCAUGGCCCUGUGUGAGCGCAAGGGCGACUACUCGUUCAUGUACUCGGCCGCGCCGCGGGACCAUGACACGUCGAAGCGCUGGCGUCCCGUGGCUGGAGAUCAUCUCCCGGCCAUCUUACCCUGGCACUGCUACGGUGAGGGCCAGCCAGGCUAUGAGGAGGGGGGAUCCUUGUAUCUGGAGCUGAUGAUGUCGCUGGGGAUCUCGUCCGUCAAUGAGAGUGCCAAAGAGUGUGUGCGGGCGUGGCUCGCCGCCAGUAAAUUCGUCGUGUCCGUGGCAUCGGGAGGAGAAUCCCUCCCGGAAUCAGCAUACGCCGCGCUGCGAGCCAUGGGCUUUACUGGAAGUCCCGCGUGCGUGACCACGUCGCACGGAUUCUUCUUCCCCUGGGAGCGCAUCUCCUCUGGCCACGAAAUCACGGUCCUGGUCGCGACGGCUGUGCGAUGGAGCUUUGGCGCGCCGGGCCUCGCUCGCUGCGGCGGCGGCGACGGCGGUGGACAUGGAGAAGAAACAUAUAUACCCGGGGUGUUUUUCGGUCGCGUCGACAAUGCAGCUGCCGUCUCGGUCAGAGUUUCCUGA